CAGACAGGAGCACAGAGAGGAAACGGCCGACAGGUAGAGAAAACUGUCCGACUCUUGGUCUGUCUUCAUACCUGUAUCUACCCAUAUCUGUUCCAGCUUGUUGACUCACCUGGUUUGUUAUUUUUAGCUUUUCUCUGAGUUCGGUCUGUUUGGAGGAAUGUUGUUUGACCUGGUCCUGCUUUAAGUGACACUGAGACAUGAGUGCUAGCAGGGACUGAGACGUGGUCUGACGUGGUCUGAUGCGGUCUGUUUCCCCUGAUCUGUCCUCCAGCAGCAGCAGUAUGACGAUGGCGGAGGCGGUGGACCCAGAUCUGUUCUCGGAGCAGGAGUUAACCUGCUCCAUCUGUCUGGACCUGUUCAGUGAACCGGUCUCGACUCCCUGUGGACACAACUUCUGCCAGGCCUGUAUCGGAGGCUACUGGGCCUCCAGUCCGGUCUGUACCUGUCCUCUGUGUAAACGUCAGUUCAACGAACGUCCUCAGCUCAGCGUCAACAAAGUCUUCGCGCUCAUCGCAGAUAAAUACAAACUGGCUCGUUACAGAGCCGCGGGGUUACCGAUGCCGGUCGGUAACGGGACACCGAUGAUGCCGGGCGCCAUGACAACGAUCACGAACACCGGCAGCACCAAUCCGUUUGUGACGCCGCCGCCGGCGUCAAACGAGGAGGUGGUGUGGUGUGACAUCUGCACAGGUGUUAAACAGCCUGCCGUCAGCUCGUGUCUCACCUGCACGGCCUCGUACUGCACCGAGCAUGUGCAGCCACAUCAGACCACGCCCUUCUACUCCAAACACCCGCUGAUGGACCCCCAGGAGGCCCUCAGGGGCCGCACCUGCUCCAUACACCGCCGCCUGCUGGAGGUGUACUGUCGGACAUGUCAGCGUUGUAUCUGUGCCAUUUGUGUCCUGGAGGAACAUCGAACGCACAAAACUGUCUCUGUCCAGACCGAGAGAAUCAGCAAACAGAAACAGGUAGCGAGGACGGAGCAGGAGAUCCUGAACCGGAUCAGAGAGAGAGAGAUUCACGUGACCGAGCUGAAGCGGAAACUGGACGGAGUCAAGAACUACGCAGAUGGAGAGCAAGGUGAGGUUGAGCACCUGCUGGAAGAGGUGUCCAGUUCCCUGGACCGGAUCCGGACUCAGGUGGUGGGCGGGAUCCAGAACCAGCUGGAUGCCGUGAUGUCAAAGGGGGAGGGGCUAGUGAGCCGUCUGGAGGUGGAGCUUAGCCAGCUGAUGGAAAGGAGGGCCACGCUGGAGGUCCAGGCCAUCAGUCAGGACCACAUCGGCUUCCUUCAGACUUUUGAGGAGGCCACAGCUCCCCUGGCUGAGGAUCAGCAGAACGAGGUGGACGAGGACUCCGAGUUUUCCCUCCACUUCCAGCUGGGGGAGGUGAAGAGCUCUCUGACUGAGGUGAAGGACAAGAUGGACGACAUCAGGAUGGGGGAGGUCCGGUCCAGAGGAUCCAGGGGCUCCAUCUCGUCCGGCGAUCUGAUGGCGGCUGAGAGCGUGCUCAGCCUGAGAGGAAGCAGUGCCAAUCUCCGGAAGAGUCAGUGGUCCCUGAGAGACCUGAAGAAGAUCAGACCGGUCUCAGGACAUAAAAAAGCUCGAGUCUACAUGGAGGACGUGACGUUGAACCCGGUGACGGCGUAUCCCUUCCUGAUCCUGUCUGAAGACAGGAAGCAGGUAAAGCGAGGAGAGAAGCUGCAGUUCUACAGAAACAGUUCGCACAGGUUCGACGUGUGGUCCUGUGUCAGCGCUAAAGAGGGAUUCGACUCAGGAAGGCACUACUGGGAGGUGUUUGUUGGGGAGAAUAAGGACUGGAAGCUGGGUGUGCUCAGCGAGUCGGCUCAGAGGAAAGGUCUGUUCGACAUGAGUCCUUCUAACGGAUACUACGCCAUCUGGUGGAGCGGCAGCCAGCUGAGAGCGCUCACUGCCCCGCCGCUUACCAAGGUGAAGAGUCCUCAGAAGCUGCGUCAGGUGGGCGUCUUCCUGGACGUGGACGAGGGUCAGGUGUCCUUCUAUAACGUGAAGUCGGGCUCAGAGAUCUACAGCUUCAGCGGAUCCUCCGAGUUCACCGAGAGGAUGUUUCCUCUGCUGGGAACUGGAGACAAAGAGGUGCCCCUGGUCCUCAUGACCACACAGCACCAGCUGGCCUGAGGGACCGGGGACCAGAGACAAGAGGGUGAUACCCGAGAGAGAAAGAAGAGAUGAUCGGGAAAUAAUCAAUGAGGGAGGAAAAAAGAGCUGGGGGAUGCGGAGGUGUGCAGCUCGCACGUCGGGACAGAAACUGUAUCUCCCUACACAUUAAACCGACUUUGGUUUGUUUACACACGUGACAGAAAUGGAAACAUGCAGCAGUGUAUUAUUGCCACCAUGACAAAAAAUUAAAAAAACUUUCUUCAGUUUA